GUAAUUGAAAACCAACCUAAAGCUCCUUUUUCAUUACUCUAGAGGUAGAUCCGAUUAUUGUUAACUUAAGUAUCGGAGUGUCUACCCUAAAGACCCACCUCGGGGCUUUGCAGGUUCAUCCGAAAUGAAGACGCGGAUUGAAGAAGGAUCUCUGGUUUGGUGCAAUUACGUUGGCACCGUCUGUGGGAAACCGAGCUAAAAUCUCUUUUGUUGCUUUCUCGUCAUGGUCAACACUCGAUCAAUCCGAACUAAAAAUCAAGCUCAACCUCUUGGACAAGGUCAACUCUCCAAAAACCUUCCACCUCACCUCCCACCUCAGAUCCCAAAUAUGUUCCCUCUCGUUGAACAUGCAAAAAGAAGAGAUGAAAACCAACCUCACAACUCAGCCCACAACUCAACUUCCAUUCCCAAUCAAGGAGAUAUAGUCACAGCUCAGCUUGUUGCAAUGCAACAGCAGUUCGGUGUCUUUCAGUUAGUUUUGGCUCAGCUCCUAACUCGGAAUAAUCUUGGCGAUCCCCUUAUCAAUCUACUCAACCCUACUCAACAACCCCUUGUUCAACAACAAGACCCUCAACCAGUUCAGCAUGCUUCUGCUCUCAUCGAACAGCGAAAUGCCACACCUCCACACCAUAAUACUAAUUCCAUACCUCAUCCUCUGAACACCAACAUCACAUUGGAACCUUAUCCCGCUGGCUUCAAAAUUCCUCAACUUAAGCCAUAUGAUGGGACGAAAGACCCAGAUGAUCACCUCCAUGCCUUCUACUCUUGUAUGCAAGCUCAAAAUGCCUCUGAUGCGUUGAUGUGCAAGAUUUUUCCCUCCACUCUCCGUGAUAAUGCCCAAACCUGGUACUAUAGUUUGCCUCCAAGAUCCUUUAGCUCUUAUACAGAAAUGUCAUCUUCUUUUGCUAUAAAGUUUUCCAAUAGAAGAUUGAUUAGGAAAACUACUUCUGAACUGAUGCGAGUCAAACAGAGGGAAGGAGAAUCUCUGAAGAAUUACAUGAGCCGAUUCAAUGAUGCAAUCAUCAAAGUCAGCUCAUUCAACCAAUCCGUAGGAAUUGCGGCUAUAAUUCAAGGUCUCCAACAUAAUAGAUUUAGAGAUAGCUUAAUUAAACAUCCUACUGCCACUUUUAAUGAGGUUAAUGAUAGAUCUCUGAAAUUCAUAACUGUUGAGGAAUAUGCUUUAUCACAGAAACCAGUUCUUCCCAAGAAUCAAAACCCAAAUUGGAGAAAUGAGGCUCAGAGCAGAAAGCGGAUGAAGACAGUACAGAGCCGAGUUGUCACACCUCAUAAUGAUCCUUUGGUCACUUCCGUUAUGAUUAACAACUGUGAGGUACAACGUAUCCUUGUUGACACUGGAAGUGCACUACACAUUAUGUAUUUUCACUAUUUUGAGAGUCUCGAACUAGACCCAGCUUUGUUGCAGAGUGGCCGAACUUAUGUUACUCCUUUAGUUCGGUUUCUAGUAAUCAAAAUGGCAUCCUCUUUCAAUGUUGUUAUUGAACGACCCACAUUAAUGGAGAUCCGAGCUGUGAUCUCUCAAUCUCACCUCUGCAUGAAGUUCCCAACUCCUAUGGGGAUAGCAACACUACGAGAGGUUAUAAAGGAAGAAGUUGAAAAACUCCUGCAAGCUGGUUUCAUCAGAAGAGUUGACUACUGUGAAUGGGUGGCUAACCCAAUGUUGGUCAAGAAGGCAAAUGGUAAAUGGCAAAUGGGCAUCGAUUACACAAUCUCAACCAAGCUUGUCCCAAAAACUCACCAAGUGCUGAUGGCUUCGAAAGAUAAAGAGAAAAUCUCAUUCUAUGCCAGUGAUGAAAUUUACUACUAUGUCAUGAUGCCCUUUGGCCUAAAGAACGCAAGUGCCACUUACCAAAAAAUGGUGACCAUCGUCUUCCAAGCUCAGAUCAGCAAGAAUUUGGAGGUUUAUGUCAAUGACAUUGUGGAGGUACAUGAAGGUGUAUGUGGAAGCCACAUUGGUGCUAGAACCUUAGCUCACAAAGUCCUUAGACAAGGAUAUUACUGGCCGAAUAUGUAUGAAGAUGCGACUCACUUUGUGCAGAGAUGCCCGAAGUGCCAAUUCUUUGCACAUUUGACUCACCAACCAACAAAAGAGCUCACCAACUUGGUUGCACCAUAUCCAUUUGCUCAGUGGGGACUUGAUCUUUUGGGAGUUCCAAGCUUUAGGGUAACCCAUUUCGAUGAAGGACAAAAUGGACAACUGCUUCGAGAAAACCUUGAUCUGCUUGCCGAAGUCAAAGAAGAAGCACGACUUCGAACUCUAGUAUACAAGCAGAAAUUAGCCAACUUCUGCAACAAACGAGUCCGCCCUCGAACAUUCAAAGUAGGAGUUCUUGUCCUCAGAAAGGCUGGCCUAACAGGGUUUGAAACUCGUUUUGGCAAACUGGCCUUGAACUGGGAAGGCCGUUACAUAGUGGCCGACAUGCCACAUCCUGGUGCCUAUAUCCUCCACGAUGUUGAAGGGAAGAGAGUUCUUAGAGUCUGGAAUAUCAAUAACUUGAAGAAAUUUUACCCUUAAUAAACUUCUUGCAAGUGAUCUAUGUCUUAUUCUUCUUUAUACUUAUUACUUCUUCAUUUUUUACAUUCAUUUCAUCUCUUAUUCUGUAUAUCCGAGGUCAGUCGGUUUGGAAUUUAUUCCUUGGACUUCAUUUUUAUUAAUGAACUUUGCUUCACAUA